GAGACGCGUACUAUUGGGCGCCUACGCCAUUGUGGCGGUUGGCUCGCGUUCCUCAUCUCCUCAAAACUCGAUCAUAAUGUCGAAACCAUCUGGCUCUAGUACGCCAGCUGCAACAGCACCGGUGGCUCAUAAUGCUUUACCCCCACCCUCGACUGCCUCUGCUGCGCGUUCAUCUCGUAUAGCACCACAUUCCCACAUCAAGGGGCUUGGUUUGACCCCAGAGGGAUACGCAAAUGUUGACGGUGCAGGUUUCGUAGGACAGACCAAUGCAAGAGAAGCUUGUGGUGUUGUUGUGGAUCUCGUAAAGUCGCGCAGAUUCUCAGGUCGUGCUUUGCUGCUUGUCGGGGCACCUGGAACAGGAAAAACGGCUCUAGCACUUGCAAUUUCACAAGAGCUCGGCGUCAAGGUACCGUUCUGCCCAAUGGUGGGCUCGGAAGUGUACAGUACGGAAGUGAAGAAGACAGAGGUUUUGGCUGAAGCGUUCAGACGCGCAAUAGGUCUCCGGAUAAAAGAAACGAAAGAAGUGUACGAAGGAGAAGUUACGGAGCUCACUCCGACCGAAGCGGAAAAUCCUCUCAGUGGUUAUGGCAAGACUGUAUCCCAUGUCAUUGUCGGCUUGAAGACUGUAAGGGGCACAAAACAACUUCGCCUCGAUCCCAGUAUCUACGAAUCAAUCCUGAAGGAGAAAAUUGUAGUUGGAGACGUGGUUUAUAUUGAGGCGAAUACAGGAGCAGUCAAGCGAGUCGGUCGUUCAGACGCCUAUGCUUCUUCAUAUGAUCUUGAAUCAGAAACAUAUGUACCCUUACCCAAAGGAGAUGUACACAAACGAAAAGAGCUAGUUCAAGAUGUGACACUGGGAGACCUCGACGCAGCGAAUGCACGACCGCAAGGUGGUCAGGACAUCAUGAGCGUGAUGGGAAGCCUUGUAAAGAGUGGGCGGACUGAGGUCACUGAAAAGCUUCGCAAGGAAGUGAACAAAGUCGUCAAGGGCUAUGUCGAUCAAGGUGUCGCCGAAGUCGUGCCUGGUGUCGUCUUCAUAGACGAGGUCCACAUGCUCGACAUCGAAUGCUUCACGUACUUGAACGCACUACUGGAGUCACCAAUGGCACCUACUGUGAUUUUUGCGACCAACAGAGGCAAUUCGCUAGUCCGUGGUACCACCGACAUUAUUGCUCCCCAUGGCAUCCCCGUCGAUUUGCUUGAUCGAUGUCUCAUCGUCAAAACCGAUGGGUACAAACGUGAUGAGGUCGCCAAGGUGGUUCAGUUACGUGCCAAUGUGGAGGGCCUGAAACUUGGACCUGGCGUGCUCGAUAGGUUGGCUUUAGAGGGGGAGAAGAGCUCGCUUCGGUACGCUCUGCAAUUACUUACGCCUGCAUCGAUACUUGCUGGGCUUGCUGGACGACAGACAAUCGAAGUGGAAGAUAUCAACGAGAUGGGAGAGCUCUUUUUGGAUGCGAAGACUAGCGCAAUCAAUAUUGGGAACCCAGGUGAUCGCGAGGUCGACAGAACGUUAUAGUAUUUUCGUCACGGUCCGUAUCUCUAUAAAGGCAAAUCUCUCGCUGGAGGUAGACAGAGAGUGCUUCAUGUACAGUAGAUUUAUUCCAGGUACACCGGAAUUUGGUACAUUCUGGUUCCUCGCACGUUUUCUGUGUUUGCCUGCGCCCGCCCAACGACACUUCAUUCUCCUGAGUAUUUCAAUUCCCGUCAAGUCCGGAUUUUCUUCGGUUCUCCACUUCGCUUCCCUGUUCUUGAAGCGGCCCGUUUGUAGCCCGCCCAACGUCCCAACGCGUUUCUGAGCGUUUGUGCGACACAGGUAGUUCGAGGGCCGGUGUGUCGCUGCAUUCAUGUGCUCAACUUUCAAUCCUCGAUACUGGCAAUGUUUCAAGAUGGUCUCGUGUCGCAGUCCGGCUCGCUACAGGCAUGAACACCAGUAUUUCAAUUUCUCCUUAAAUUCUCCCGGCUAUGUGACUUCUGUGUAACACUCUGGUCUGCUCUUUUCACUUGUUCCUUCAUCGCUCUGCGCUUUCCUCGGACUUGAUUCGACGCCACGAUGAUAAAGGCUUUGAGUCGGGGAUUACUACCUCUCUUGCUGCUGGUUUAUUCUGGCAAUCUGUUAGGAAGUGCUAUUGCUGCCACUGCCUUGCAACCCAGAGGAGACCUGCAUUUCCCAUUGGAAGCUCGAGGUACUGACAAGGAUGGUUCCCUGCCUAUCUACAAAAAUCCAGGAGCAUCUAUCGAGGCGAGGGUCGAUGAUUUGCUACCUCGCAUGACGGUAGAAGAAAAGGUGUCUCAAAUGUACGUAGCAUCAAUUUUAGUAUACAUCUGCCAUACGUGCUUAAGAACCGCUGCUCUGUAUCUUUAAU